AUGCGACUUUCUUUCAUUCUUGCUGCCAUCCCCCGGCAGCUCUACAAGCCCCCGACAUUGAAAGUCCUCCUAGCCACUGUCUUUCUCUGGCUCUUAGCAUACGAAUACUGUCGCCAUCGCUACUGGCGAGACCCUCACUCCGCCUUCUUCAACGACCGGCAUGUCUACGACUGGAAAUACAGUCUGCACCGUGAGCACGAAGCCCGAAGGCUGAUCACCGCGCAUAACGCGCCGUCUGCCCUGGCUGAGCCCGUCAAAGCGGGUGCGAACCCUCUCAUCUGCGCCGUCAUAGUGACUGUAAACCGCGGAACAGACGACUAUUUCGAUGCGUCGAUCGGAUCCCUCCUGGCAGGCCUGGACGAGCGCGAGCGGCGUGCCCUGCAACUGAACAUCGUGUUCGCCGAUACAGACCCGAGCAGACACCCUAGCUGGGGCCAGAAAUGGGUGAAUCGGCUUGCCGACCAGGCGGGCUCGUACGAUGUCUCAAGGACCCGGCUCCAACAUCUGCAGGAUCUGGAGCAGGCGCGAAAUUUCUAUGAGAAGGGCGUUUUCGACUACAUCCACGCCCUGAACAGCUGCCAAGCAACCAACGCGCCAUACACAGCAGUCUUCGAAGACGACGUGAUCUUCGCCGACGGCUGGAUGGCGAAAACCGUCAAAGCCCUCGCGGAUAUAUACCACCGCCCGAAACAGACCCCCUGGAUCUACCUCCGUCUAUUCUACACGGAAACAUCACUCAGCUGGUCCUCGUCCGACUUCGCCUACCGCAACAUGCAUCUCAUCUUCCUCCUCGGCAUGCUAUUCUCCUUCACCAUACUCCUGUCCAUCCGCCGCCUCCGCCUGCACGGCCACUCCCACCUGCACAACACCACAAUCAUCAUCCUCACCCUCCUCAGCACCCCCUGCUUCAUCGCCCUCACAUACAUGAUCGGAAAAUACUCAUUGAUGCCCCUCCACGGCGUCGUCGAAAUGAACGCCCACGGCUGCUGCACGCAGGGCCUCGUGUUCCCGCGCGAGCAGAUCAGCGGAUUGAUCGGGUACCUGGUCGAGCGCAAUGACGGGCAGACGGACGCUCUGAUCGAGGAGUAUGCUGACAAGGAAGAUCUGAUGCGGUAUGCGCUCGCGCCGCAGCAGUUACAGCACGUUGGACUCAAGUCCAGUCGCGGGAAUCCGGAGGUGAAUACGCAGAGUACGUGGGCAUUUUGGUAUGAGGAGAAUGAUCCUGGUGUGCUUGGGGGGGAGCAUCAGGGGCUGUUGGGGGAUCGGGAUGUCAGGGGGUUUUUGGAUGGGCGUUGA